AUGGCAGCAGUAGAUCGCGCCUUGACCGAGCUUUUGCGACUGAAUGAGGAAGAAGAUUUACCGAAAUCUAUUCCUUCAUCAAUUGUCGCCUUCGAUCAAUUUUCUGUGUUAUCUGCUUCUACUUUAGCUCCCGAGGCAGUAUUGAUUGUACCCCACAAGUCUGAGCAACCUCCUUCGCCUCAAUCACCAUUUGCACUACCUCCUGUACGCAUAGUAUCUUCAUAUGGAGACCGAUCGACAGUAAAGAAGAAGCUGGAAGAGAUAGCAAGCCCACUAUAUGCAAUUGAGCGUCUAGGAGCAUUUCCACACGGCUGGAAGAACAGCACCUUAAAGAGUAACCCGAAGGUUACGGUUCCGCAAAGUCGACUAUUGGCGCAGAUGCCUCUAUCUACACCGCGUCGAAAGCUCGUUCCUACGCGAAGUUCAUUAGUCAAGGAUCCGCUCAAUAUACAGUACGAAUUUCGAGCCGUGGACAUCUCGAAGACAGGAGCAGAUGCAGGAUUUAGCAGUGCAUUGACCAAGCAAGAGGAAUACGCUCGAGGAACGAUGAGUAACAAACCAUUUUCUCCAGGAGGAGAGUCUUUAGUGGUAGUAGACACGGAGGAAAAGAAAGAGGAGCAGAAUUGUCUACAGAAAUUGCUAGAAAAUGAAGAAGAACAGUUGCGAAACCUGCUUGUACUAGAAGAUGGAGACAAAAGCUUGGAGAGGUCUGAGUUAGAAAAAUUAGUGUUUAAGAUUCCAGGACUCGAUGGCUGUUUAACGGUAGAAGAUGUCGAAAAGAUUGAAAAACAUAAUGUGGUUGAAGUUGUGGAGGUGGAGAGCAUUGGCGUGAAUCCACCAAGUCUUUUAAAGCCAUACUUUGAUGUGGUAGCAGAUAAAGAUCAAGUAGCAGCGAUCAAGACUGCAGUGUUAGAUCAAAAGACUGAGGAUGGCAUGCGAAAGAAUAGCGAGAAUGCGAGGGUUGGACUCGACCAAUUGUUGCAAGAGAUGGAUGAAGAUGGAGAAUUGAUAGAACUUGGAUUUUCGAUUGGAAAUACAGAGGAGGAAGUUGACGAAGAUUCUGUUGUUGAAUUAAGUGCAGCUGAAGUGGCUGAGAAGGACAAAAUAAUGGUAUCUCACCCAAAGCGAUUAAGUACAGAAUCCAGUAGCGAGAUGGACCUUGAGACUGAAUUAGAGACGAUUUUGAGUACUGCUUCAGAGUCGGCCACUUUAUCGUUGUUAGCGAAAAGAAAUGGUAAUCAGACAUCAGAGUGGGCGAGUAUGGCGAGUGUCGAUAUUCGUAAUUUUCAUGAAAAAGUACCAGAAAUGGCCAUGAAGUAUGACUUUGAACUAGAUGGAUUUCAAAAAGAGUGUGUUAUUCACUUAGAACGUCAUGAGUGCGUGUUUGUAGCUGCACAUACAUCUGCAGGAAAAACUGUGGUUGCUGAAUAUGCGAUUGCAAUGUCUCAGAAGCAUAUGACACGAACCAUUUACACAUCACCAAUCAAGGCUUUGUCGAAUCAAAAGUACCGAGAUUUUCGAAUCAAGUUUGGUACGGAUAAUGUUGGUCUUAUUACAGGUGAUGUGAGUAUUAAUCCCGAUGCGAGCUGUUUGGUCAUGACAACCGAAAUCUUACGUUCCAUGCUGUACCGUGGUGCGGACAUCAUUCGCGAUAUUGAAUGGGUGAUCUUUGAUGAGAUUCAUUACAUCAAUGACAGUGAGCGUGGUGUUGUGUGGGAAGAAGUAAUUAUUAUGCUUCCUGAACACAUUGGCAUGGCAUUCCUUUCAGCCACAACACCAAACCACUUGGAAUUUUCCGAUUGGAUUGGUCGAACAAAGAAGCAAAAGAUUCACGUGAUCUCGACGCACAAACGUCCAGUCCCUCUUCAACACUUUCUCUACGCUGGAAAAGAGCUUUUCAAGUUAUAUGAUGCCACGACUGGAUAUCUUCCAAACGCACAUAGUGCAGCCAAAGCGAAGCUUUUACCAGCAUCAGAGAAAUCAAAAACUAAUGGUCGAGGUGGUAAAAUUGUUGCACGUGGUGGUGGGAGUAGUGCUAAUGCCCGUACCAUUCGCACAUCAGGGGGUGAUCAAGGAGAAUGGACCAAACUAAUCAAUACGUUAAAAGACAAGUCUUUGCUACCAGUGGUGGUCUUUGCUUUUAGUAAACGUCUAUGCGAAGAGAGCGCAAGCAAGUUAGUAAAACUUGAUCUAAGCACUCCAUCCGAACGGUCGGAAAUUCACCUUUUUCUUGAAUCCAGCAUACAACGAUUACAAGGUUCGGAUCGUGAAUUACCACAAGUUCUUACAAUGAAAGAAAUGCUUAAACGUGGAAUUGGUGUGCAUCAUGGUGGACUGCUUCCAAUUAUUAAAGAGAUGGUUGAGAUUUUGUUUGGUCGUGGUCUUGUCAAGGUUUUGUUUUCAACAGAGACUUUUGCUAUGGGUGUGAAUAUGCCUGCUCGUACUGUUGUAUUCAAUGGUAUUCGUAAGCACGAUGGCAAAAACUUCCGUGAUCUUUUGCCUGGAGAAUAUACACAAAUGGCUGGACGUGCGGGUCGUCGUGGACUGGAUUCCGUCGGUACUGUCAUCAUUGCGUGCUGGAAUGAUGUCCCUGAGCCCACGUCUUUACGAACGAUGUUAGCAGGGAAAGCAACAUCGCUUUCAAGUCAAUUUCGUCUGACGUACAAUAUGAUUUUGAACCUAUUACGAGUGGAAGUAUUGACAGUUGAGGACAUGAUGAAGCGAUCGUUUUCAGAGUUCCACACUCAAAAGGCACUUGCUUCAAAAAAUAUUCCAAAGUUGAUUCAAAAAGGCAAAACAUUACUGCAACAGCUUGAGGUUUCGCUUGUCGAGGAUUAUCCACAUUUAAAUGCAAGUGGUGAGCUUGCAAGAAUGUAUGAGUUUUUUCAGCUCAAACGUGAGAAGCAAGAGCUUGAAAGAAAGCUGACGAGAUGGCUGUUUGCGAAUCAUAUUCAAGCUGCCAAGAAUGCUAUUGCACCUGGACGAGUAAUUAUCCUUAACGUCAAAGGAUUACCAUCUGAUCAAUUGGCUCUAGUCGUUCGUACAACUGCUGCCAUGGGUGAAGGAAACACUGCUCGGUCCAAACUUUCGUUUGAGACCGAAAUGCAAAGUACAAUUGUCAGUCAUACAGGAGUAUUCAAGUCAAUAAUGGUCAUUACUCUUUGUCCUGAUAGCUACGAGACAAAGAUCGCGAAAGAAUUUGAGACUCAAAAGAUUCCACACAGUCUUAUCGGUGGUGGUCGAAUGCUACGUAGCAAAAGAGAUACUGAAGAUGAACGUAUGCUUGAAGGACAUCAAGUUGAUAAAGAAAACGAAGUGGAACUUAUUGCACCAUCCACAGCCACACUAUUGGGGAGAAAAUAUGCUGUUUUAGAAGUGCCAGAAAGCUGCGUCGAGAGUGUAACGUCAUUUUUUGCCGCAAAUAUAAACAUUAAAACACUCGUGACUUCGUCUUCGAAAAAGGAACUUGCUAGCAGCAUUGAAUUUCUCACAAAGCUCGAAACGAAUUGCGCUGCAACACAGAAUGCAGCAAUUCCGUACGUCGACUUGCUUGGUGAGCUUAAAGUGAACAAUCUCGAAGUCGCGUCGGGCUAUUCACAAUGGCAACGACUUUACUCAAAGGUACUCACUCAUCCAUGUGCUACCGAUUCGUCAGGAAUUUCUCGAGUCAUGAAUAAGAUCGAGAAAAUUUCGAAGCUAAAGGCGUACUUGAAGCGUAUGACCCAGGAAUUGUCGGACGAUUCUCUCUCACUCUUUCCUGACUUUCAACAGCGAUUAAGUGUGUUGAAACGACUUGGUUACAUCUCGGAAGAUGGUGUCGUGCAAGUGAAAGGACGAGUGGCAUGUGAGAUUAACACGUGCGAAGAACUCGUCUUGACUGAAAUGAUUUUUGAAAACGUGCUGGCAAAUCUCGAGCCUGAAGAAAUCGUGGCCGUGCUUUCUGCUUUGAUCUUUCAAGAAAAAACACAAUCCGAACCAACGCUCACUCCUACCCUUGAGGAUACACGCAAUGUGAUUAAGACCAUUGCUGAGUCGCUUGGUUUGAUUCAACUGGAACAUCAGCUAGAAGUCGACCCAGCAGUUUAUUGCAAAGGAGCACUGAAUUUUGGUUUAAUGGAGAUCGUAUACGAGUGGGCACGCGGUAUGCCUUUCAAGCAACUAUGCGAGCUAACUGAUGUCCAGGAAGGUGCGAUCGUGCGUUGUAUUACCCGUCUCGAUGAAGUAUGUCGUGAAGUUCGCAACGCUGCUCGCGUGAUUGGCGACCCACAGCUCUAUCGCAAGAUGGAAGUUGCAUCGGAAUCUAUCAAGCGCGACGUUGUCUUUGCGAGUAGUUUGUAUCUAUCUUAA